AUGUUGGCUUAUGGGAAGGCUUGUCAUCUACCAGUUGAGUUGAAACAUAAAGCAUAUUGGGCAUUCAAGUUCUUGAAUUUCAAUGAAAAAGUAGAAGGACAAAAGAGAUUGUUGAAGCUUGACGAGUUAGAAAAGAGUAGACCGAGAGAAUAUGAUAAUGUCGUGAUCUAUAAUGAAAGAACCAAGAGGUAUCAUGAUAAGAAUUUGGUGAAAAAAGAGUUUCAGGUAUUACAUAAAGUUUUAUUGUACAACUCUCGACUGAAUUUGUUUCAAGGAAAGUUAAAAUCUAGAUGGUAUGGACCAUUUAUUGUGAAUAAAGUGUUUACAAAUGGAGCUAUAGAAAUAAAAGAUCCGAGAGAUUUGCAAAUUUUCACUGAAAUGGGCAAAGGUUAA